CGCAGACGCAAUCACCAUUUUCUUUAUAGAAAUGCUCAAAAUCGUGCCUUUUAAGGAAACUGUUGCUUUGCAGAAUCACAAAAUCUAUAUACCAACCAUAAGUUUCCAAAUUUUGUUCUAAAAAUCAAAAAAAUUCAUAUCAUCUUUUUGUCUUUUUUUACCAGAAUUUCAUCCUUAUUUCGUGCUAAAUCAUUUUCCAAACAUUCAUAAUACUUUUUGUUGGUUUAUGGCCAACUAACAAAAUAUCCUCUAGAUUUUCUUCUUUGUGUUAGUCUAUAUAAAGCAAUACCACAGUGAUCCUCUUUUUUAAUUCAUUCUGUGUUUAUGUCAAUAAUCACAAUGGUUUGGUUAAUGAAAGUUUUUGUCUUUGUGACAUUACUCUCUUUAGUGUUUGUAAUAACAGAAUCAGCUCCUGAAUCUGCUCUUAUCACCAAACUUCCUGGUUUCGAAGGCACUUUUCCUUCGAAACAUUACUCCGGGUAUGUGACAAUUGAUAAGGAACAUGGAAAGAAUCUAUGGUAUUACUUUAUUGAAUCGGAGAAGAAUCCAUCGAAAGAUCCGGUGGUGCUUUGGCUCAAUGGUGGUCCAGGUUGUUCAAGCAUGGAUGGAUUUGUGUAUGAGCAUGGUCCAUUCAAUUUCGAACUACCAAAGAAAAACAAUAGUCUCCCACUCUUGCAUCUUAAUCCUUAUAGUUGGUCCAAGGUCUCUAACAUUAUAUACCUUGAUUCUCCUGUUGGUGUGGGAUUCUCUUACUCAAACAAUAAGUCUGAUUACAUAACCGGUGAUAUUAAAACCGCGGUUGACUCUCACGCGUUCCUUCUCAAGUGGUUCCAAAUGUUUCCUGAGUUUCAAUCAAAUCCUUUUUUCAUCUCUGGAGAAUCUUACGCCGGAGUUUAUGUCCCAACUCUUGCUUCAGAAGUUGUCAUAGGGAACAAAAAUGGAGUAAAGCCGGCUCUUAACUUCAAGGGGUAUUUGGUUGGAAAUGGAGUUGCGGAUCCGAAGUUUGAUGGAAAUGCUUUUGUCCCGUUUGCACAUGGGAUGGGACUAAUCUCUGAUGAACUCUUUGAGAACGUUACAAAAGCUUGCAAGGGAAAUUUCUAUGAAAUAGAGGGACUCGAGUGCGAGGAACAGUAUACGAAAGUUAACGAUGAUACUAACCAGUUGAAUAUAUACAACAUUCUUGAGCCAUGUUACCACGGAACAUCGCUAUCUGCAUUCGACAUUAGAUCGCUUCCUUCAAGUCUCCUUCAGCUAGGCAAAACUGAAAAACGGUUACCUAUAAGAAAAAGAAUGUUUGGUCGAGCGUGGCCAGUUCGUGCGCCUGUUCAUCCAGGCAUUGUCCCUAGCUGGUCUCAACUUCUUGCCGACGUCACUGUUCCUUGCAUUGAUGAUAGAGUUGCAACAGCGUGGUUGAACGAUCCAGAGAUUAGGAAAGCUAUUCAUACUAAAGAGGAGAGCGAGAUUGGAAGGUGGGAACUUUGCAGUGGGAAACUCUCAUUCUAUCACGACGCAGGAAGCAUGAUCGAUUUCCAUAGAAACCUUACACUAAGUGGAUAUAGAGCUCUCAUUUACAGCGGGGAUCACGAUAUGUGUGUUCCGUUUACUGGCUCGGAAGCUUGGACAAAAUCUCUUGGAUACAAAGUUAUUGAUGAAUGGAGGGCAUGGAUAUCAAAUGACCAAGUCGCGGGGUAUACGCAAGGAUAUGCAAACAAUCUCACAUUUUUAACCAUCAAGGGUGCAGGACAUACGGUUCCUGAGUACAAACCGCGGGAGGCUUUAGACUUCUAUAGCCGAUUUCUAGAAGGAAGCAAGAUUUAAGAGAGCUGUCUCAUCAGUUUCAUAUUCUGUGCUGUAUUUAAAAGUGAUCAUCUUAUAGCAAUAUAGAAUCUUGAUUGAUUUGAAUAAGAAAGAUAUAUUCUUCAACUCAUUAUUCAACAUAGUAAAAAUCAUUUACCUCUAUACUUGUAGCAGAAUGCAUGCCGUUUCUACUUUCCACGUUUGAAUUGUGCGCCGUUACACUAAAAAGCGUAAACUGUAACGUACGUUUCAAAAAACAUUUGGAGACUAAUGCAAAUUUACUUACAUGUUAGACAAUUUCAAAUCAAUCUGUUCUUAAUGAAUAGGAUGAACUGGUUGUAUUCUCAAGAUUGUUUCCA